AUGUUUGUAAAGGGCCUGACCGACCUCCAGAGCAUCGCCAGCCGAGAUGCCAGGUCCCCAGAGUACAAGCUGCUUGGCAACCAGGGCUCCCGCAGCAGGUCAGCUGGAAUCCUCCAUGACUACUACCAGAAGAUGUCUCAGAAUGAAGACAAAGAUACCUCCAAAUCUGUCUACAAUGGCUUUGCCUCUCAAGUGGAGGGAAUUCGAAAGGCGUUUCUCAUGCGUCCAGGCUGCCCACAGUUUAGCUCCAGGGCCACAUCCAUGUCUCAGUAUGGUACCACCAUAGCUUCUCUGCCAAAGGAACUGGACAGCAACACAGAGACCUGGGAGCUAAGUGAGGAAAUGGUCCUGGAGCAGUCAGAUUUUGACACAAACAUGAACGAGCAUCCCCUGUCCUCCAGUAAGAGUGCCUGUGAGUUCAAUUACUUGCAAAGGAAAAACAAAUUUGAGGUGCUGAGCCCCAAAACAAGCUGCCUGGACAUAGCCCAGCCCUAUCCGAGAAAGCAUUUGCCCUGGUACAUCUCAGUCAUCCAUGAGAAGGUGCAGCGGCUGUCGGAGCUAGAGCGGCAGAGCCGGAAGAAAAACGAAGAGAUCCUCAUGCUGUGGAAGGAGAUGGAGGCCCUGAAGAAGCAGCUUCAGCACCUGCUAAAAGGCAGAGUCGGGGAGAUGGUCAUGUCGCCAGGCCUGCAGGAGGAUAGCGGGUCUCCCUGCCUCUAUGAGGAUCAACUGCUGCCGCCUUGCCAGGAGGACACGUCGAAGCAUCACAUCACCCCAGAGGCACUGUGGGAGCGUUUUGAAAGCCUAAGGACCCACCUGAGCUUCCUGGAGGAGCAGCUGCCAGAGUCCCCCACUAAGCAAAAGCAGCUGAGCCUGUCCGUCCUGCCGGAAGUCAGCAGGGAGGAGGAGGAGGCGGAGUCACCACUGGGGUGGAAACAGGCCUUCGGGCCCCUGCAGGGGAACAGAGGAGGUACACCCAUCCGCGAGUACAAGCCUCUUGCCAGCAAAGGAGCAGAUUGUGGGGCACAGCACAUGGCCUUCCUCUCUCAAAUGCAGGAUUCCAUGGUGGCCCAGAAGGGCAAGGACUUGAAAGGAGGCGAGGAGGAAGAAGACCUGGCAAGGGCUGCUGAGGGAGCACAGGGCAGUGGAAAGAGGGCUGCGGACAAGAAGGGGGCUGUGCAGGAGGAAAUGGAUGAGGAAGAGGAGGGGGUUAAGGAAGAGGAAGAGGAAAGCCCAGUGGAAGAGGAACGAGAUGAUGAGGAAAAAGAUGAGAUUCAGAAGAGGAUCUAUUCCCUGGAUGAGACGUUUGAGGAUGAACUGAUGGCCAGGCUGGAGGAGUAUGAGCAGGUGGUCGAGGAGAUCCAGUGUGACCUGGAGAUCACCAGGAACAGAUACUCGCUGGCGACAGGAGUGAUUAUGUCGUUGCAAAGGCAAGUGGAUUUCCAAGAGUCUCAGCUACGAAAAGUCAACAUGGAGAACGAGAUACUGCAGAAGGAGCUGCGGGAGCGCAAGAAUCAGCUUCAGGCCAUGUCUGACAAGUUCUCCAACCUCCGAGAAGGCAAGAAACAUGAAGAAAUGAUGGGGCUCAUCGAGAAGGACAACCUUCUCCUCCGACAGCAAGUGAUGGACCUGGAAAGAGAACUCAUGAAUCGUGACCAGGUCAUCUCGGAAUACACCGCCAAGGUGCAUCAGCUGCAGAUCCAGCUGAGCCUGGAGCAGAAACACCUGCAGCAGGGGAAGCAGCUGCAGGAGGAGCUGCAGAACAGGAGCGAGCUGAUCCAGCAGGAGGAGCAGCAGGCUCGUGUGGCCCUGGAGAGCGCCCAGGCCAGGCUGGAAAGACUAAGAGAUAAGAUCAUCCAGACCACCUUCAACAGCACAGGGAUCAAGUCCAUGUCCACUGAGAUCUCUGACAAUGAAGUCCUGGAUGUUCUACAGAGGAUCAUCUCAGAGAGAACCGAAUACUAUAACCAGCUGAAGCAGAAAGGUGUGAAAGUGCCUCCCUUGAGCCCAUCCGAUUCCAUGUUCCCCACAUCUGGCAAAUCCAAGAAAGGGUCUCCCAACUGCACACACACCGGGGCAUUGGGAACCUGCCCCCACGGGGCUUGGCUGACUGAGGUGCUGAUCGGGUAG